CAGGAGAAGCUUUCCGGGGUAGAGGGCGCAGCGGGCGGUCCCAUGGCAACCAGGGCCUUGCUCUGCUAAUUCGGCGUGAGGAGUGAAGAAAGCGGCACAUCGUGACUCGGUCAUCUGCUCCGGGGUCCAGGAGAUUGAAGACAGGUUGAUUUGGCUGGUUGUUGCGGUGAAUGUCCCUCCUCCCGGUAAACGGAGGUGGGUUCUCUCUCUCCGAUGCUGCGAAGCCUUUCGGCCUAGGCCCUCUUCCAUGGCCUUUCCUCCUGGGGCCAGAGGCACACCGACCCUCACCCGGCCUCGCUGACCCGACAUGUCCUCGGCUCAUCCAGCGCCAUUCUCUGCAGUAUAGCAACCAGAAGGGCUGGGAAUCCCGGCAGACUUUUCUCUGAAAAGUUGACAGAAUGGAGGAAAAGAAAAUGAAGCGCAGAAGCCCUAAGACCUCUACACAUCAGCAUCAUCCUCCAGUAACCAACAAGAAAAGCACAAUACCCAGUAAGAGUGUGGGCUUGACCAGUAGCACACAGACAACUGUUCCAAAACAAAAGCUGAAAAGGGUGGUAAGGGAGAAACCCAAACCACAGAGUAUAGCUGGGAAAAGUACACAGUCAGCCCCUCUUCAGCACUCCUUUCUCACUGAUGUAUCCGAUGUGAAAGAGAUGGAGCGAGGAUUGCUCAGCCUUCUAACUGACUUCCACUCUGGAAAGCUUCAAGCAUUUGGCAAUGAAUGUUCCAUUGAACAGAUGGAACAUGUGCGUGAGAUGCAAGAAAAGCUAGCUCGCCUGCACUUUGACCUUUAUAGCGACCUCGAUGAGCCAGUGGAGGAACAGAGGAAUAUAGCUCGGGACAUGCAUCUGGAUAAAUUGCUAACUAACUUGGAGGAGCUGAGCUCUUCGAUUCAAAAGCUGAACUUGGCAGAUAAUCAAGAUUUCCCAAGAGCAUCCACCUCCUGAAGAAUGGGUGGGAAGCCUAUGUCUAAUACUGUGCAAAUACUUAUUCACAGUAGCAGUUGAUGAAGAGAUUGCAGCAUGAUGCUUUCUUAUUACGGAAAUUGGUUCUGCUGUUUCGCACUUAUCACUUGUUCUCACUGGAGGUUCUCGAAGUCACUCCUCUGAAGCUCAAAGCAAUUGUCACCAAUUGCUGCUUACUGAUGCUAUGCUGGUCUUCAUGCUUCUAGUGAACAUUGUAUGGGGAAAAGCAUGUUUCUCAGAUUUGAAUGUGCUUUGGAAACAUAAGAUGAAUCAGUUGUCUAAUAAUUGGUUGCUGCGUUUAACUCUGUCAAUGUUCCUGCUUUUCCUUUUGGAGAGGGCAACCUGCUGCUAUGGGAGAACGUGUUUCAUCUAAGUGGGGAACAGUGUGUCCUGAGCAGGUCUCCGUGGCAGUGGCUGUAAUGGAAAACAUGUUGCUGGUGGAUUUCUGGGAUAAGUUGAGGCAAAUUGAGAGACGAAAGUGAAGUAGUACCAGAAGCUUUGGAAUGUUUUAUGUCACCAUUCACAGAGAUUUCCACUUGGGUUGAAACCAUCAGAUGUUUCUAAGCCUUCAUUUUGGCAUGAUGCUGUAGGGCUGCCUUCUUUCCAUCACUGAUCUCUCAACCAUUCUGAAGAACUGUCCCCAUUGGCCCCAGGACAGGAGCCAGCUGGGGAACUGCUACUUUCAAGGCUUGCCUCUGUCAGACCAAAUCCCAUUCCAACAAUAGAAUCGUGUACAGUAUCAAUCAGAAGCCCAACUACACAGUACAGGAGUAGGGAGCUGAUUGGAGUCAACACUAAAUUCCAUGGCUUAUCCUGAUUCACGUUGGCUCUAGCCGUUGUGAUCAUGUUCCAGUUGAAUUGUGGAAGCUGGGUGUUCUGACAAAGCAGAACAAGAGUUUCCCAGUGGUCCGACAGGGUGCUAGGGAGUGAAGGAGGAAGGAACCACCUUGAGCAAUCAGAGAAGGACUCUUCCAAACCCCACUGCCUGAAACCAGACCAGUUCUCAGAUGGACCCCACCAAAAUCAACAGAUCCUUGUCCUUUGACAGAUAAUUUACCGAGUACUGAUUAUGGGCUUAACUGACUUUGCAAUUGAUGUGGAAGACUGCUGUUUUAGUGACAAGAUUCUGGAGGGACUGAGGAAAGAAAACAAAAUCGUGAAAACCCUGACUGAAAUUAUUAAAUUACUAACAAAUGUAAGGACAACGUAUUAUUUUUAAAGGUCUGCUUUGUUUUAAAUGUUACUCUACAGUCUCUUCUGUAUUACAUCCCCCUUUCCUGGCAAAGCUAUUCUAACAGUGUCCUUGAUCAUGCUGCUAAGCUGGUUUGGAGAUGUCUCACCCUCUGCUUUUCCCUUCCUCCACAAGCAGAUGUAAGUGUAAAGGCACACGGGAGGGUGAGCCCCACCUUUGGGCUGGUACAUCACCUGCUAAUGUUGUUGAAAUCUUCCAGAGAGAAGACUAAAUUAAUAUGAGCUGAUUUUCUUUGGUUCUGUUCAUCACAAUGGUUUGCUGAGCUUGGGGGUUGAUUCAGACCAGUCAGAGGCACCUGCUGUUGGUGCAACAUGUAAUUCAAACUUUAUUGCACAUUAAUGUGUUUACAAUUCAUGCAAGUGCAAUUGUGGAAGAGUUCUACUAAUGUGCUAUGUCUGUGUAUAUGUGUGUGUAUCUAUGUACUCUUCUACAUGGGUUUGUCAUAUCUCUCAAACGUGCCACAAUUUUAGAUUUAAAGUGCAGUGUGAGUUGCAGUUUUAUUGUGAUUUUCUGUAACGUGAUCCUUUUGGGUUGGGGGAGAGUUGCUCAAUUACAGGUGAUCCUUCUGAUGCCUGAAUGGAAAGAUUGACCAUUACCGACAUUAAACUCCGAGACCGUUGAGAGGUUCCAGCUUCACAAACUGAAAUACGGUAUUUGCGAGUUGGACGUGGUGAAGAGAGUUAAUGGUCACCAAACUGCACUAUGGGUGAAGAACAGUCAGGGCAAUGAGGCACUGCUCCCAUUGAUUUGUUUCAUGUUACUUGUGUGUUUUGCUGUCUGUCUGCUGGAGGCUUAUACCAAAUCAUUGUAUAAUGAGAUAUUAAAAUGAAACAUGUUUGACCCUC